AUGGCGUCCAACGGUUCCAACGCAUCGUCCCAUGUCCCUCCACCGUGUCCCGAUCAACGCCCGGCCACUCCUCCACCUCCACCACCAGAAGAAUCCACAGCACCACCGCCUCCUCCAGACGCGGCCGCUCCGCCACCACCCCCGGAUGAUCGUCUUCCGCCGCCGCCUGUGGAACAAAAGAAAAAGAAGGCUGGAUGGGGCGCGAAACGUCCGGCUGCGACUCCGUUGAGUGUUGAGGAGCUCAUCAGGAAGAAGAAGGAGACAGAUGCAGCGGCUGCAAAGCCAAAGUUCUUGUCCAAAGCUCAACGAGAGAAGCUGGCGUUGGAGAAACGAGCAAAGGAAGUCGAGGCAGAUCGGCAAGCUAAGGCGCUCGCGAACGGUGCCCGGGAAAAUGGGGUUGUGUCAGAGCCAUCGUUGAGAGAGUCAAGUGACUCAAGAAAUGGCAACAGAGAUGCAAGCAGCAGGAAUGUCCCGACCGGACCACGAGCUAUGCGUGGAGAGGCACCGGCAGGUCCGGGAGCCACGCGGACCUCAAAUGGGCAAUCGACACGCAACCAAGAUAUGGCCCCGCCGCCAGCACCAAAGGCAAUGUCAUUCGGACUGAAGGAUUCCAAGGGCAAGGGCGAAAAACGUCUUGCAGAAGAGGACCAAGCAGCGGCAGAAGCGGCAUUGGUCAAACAACGGUACAUGGGAGCAGACCAGACCUCGAACUUCUCGGCCAAGAAAAAACGGAAACGCACAACGGACCGCAAAUUCAACUUUGAGUGGAAUAUCGAAGAGGACACCAGCGGCGAUUACAAUCCGCUCUAUCAAACCCGCCAUGAGGCGAACUUCUUUGGCCGUGGCCGACUGGCGGGCUUCGGAGAUGACGUCUCAGAUACCGUAGCGCGCAAGUAUGCGGAAGCAUUGGAGAGCCGCGAUCAUGAGGCGGGUAGCAUGCGCGCCAAGGAGAUCAUGGAGAUGGAGCGACGACGGCGUGAGGAGAGCACGCGCAGUCAGAUCGACAAGCACUGGAGUGAGAAGCGACUGGAGCACAUGCGCGAGCGGGACUGGCGUAUUUUUAAGGAAGAUUUCAACAUCGCCACCAGAGGUGGCAGCGUGCCAAACCCAAUGCGAUCCUGGGAAGAGAGUCAACUGCCCAAGCGAUUGUUGGAACUCAUCGACCGCGUCGGGUAUAAAGAACCUACGCCAAUUCAACGUGCAGCGAUUCCAAUCGCCAUGCAAAAUCGCGAUCUCAUCGGUGUGGCAGUUACGGGUUCCGGUAAGACUGCGGCCUUCCUGCUCCCGCUUCUGGUCUACAUUUCGGAGUUGCCACGGAUCGACGAGUUUGAGUGGCGCAAGAACGACGGCCCAUAUGCUAUUGUACUGGCACCUACCCGCGAACUGGCGCAACAGAUUGAGAUCGAAGCCAAGAAAUUCACACAGCCGCUCGGGUUCAACGUUGUCAGCAUUGUUGGUGGUCACUCGAUGGAAGAGCAGUCAUUUAGCCUUCGUGAUGGCGCCGAAAUCAUUAUUGCUACUCCCGGUCGGCUGGUCGAUUGCAUUGAACGACGCAUGCUGGUGCUCAGUCAAUGUUGCUACGUCAUUAUGGAUGAAGCAGACCGGAUGAUUGACAUGGGUUUCGAAGAGCCUGUCAACAAGAUCCUUGACGCUCUUCCUGUUACGAACGAGAAGCCCGAUACUGAAGAAGCGGAAGAUUCCCGCGCCAUGAGUCAACACCUCAGCGGACGCGGACGCGGAGGCGAACGCUAUCGCCAAACCAUGAUGUACACGGCCACCAUGCCUGUGGCGGUCGAACGAAUUGCGCGGAAAUACCUCCGCCGUCCCGCAAUCAUUAGUAUUGGCAGUGCCGGCGAGGCCGUCGACACCAUUGAACAGCGUGUAGAGAUGAUUGCCGGUGAAGACAAGCGCAAGAAACGUCUCGCCGAAAUCCUGGCGUCCGGCCAGUUCCGGCCCCCGAUCAUUGUCUUCGUCAACAUCAAGCGAAACUGCGACGCUAUUGCUCGCGAAAUCAAACAUAUGGGAUUUUCAUCGGUCACUUUGCAUGGUUCCAAGACCCAGGACCAGCGUGAAGCCGCCCUCGCAUCUGUCCGCAGCGGUGGCACGGACGUUCUGGUGGCUACUGAUCUAGCGGGACGAGGUAUCGAUGUCCCCGAUGUAUCCCUUGUCGUCAACUUCAACAUGGCCACCUCUAUCGAGAGCUACACUCACCGUAUCGGUCGUACUGGUCGUGCUGGCAAGAGUGGUGUCGCUAUCACGUUCCUGGGCAGUGAGGAUUCCGAUGUCAUGUACGACCUCAAGCAAAUGCUCAUCAAAUCACCAAUAUCGCGCGUACCCGAGGAGUUGCGCAAGCACGAAGCUGCGCAGUCCAAGCCGUCGCGCGGACCGGGAGCCAAAAAGAUCGAAGAGAGCUCCGGCUUUGCUGGAAAGGGAGGAUGGACCUAG